CAGGAUCCUAAAAUAAUCUACCAAAUCUACGUGAUCGCAGAGAAACGUCGACAACAGACGGUAGUAUCUGAGAUUGAUCCAUGAAGCGAUUCCAACAUCUGAAGAAUAAUUGCAGCAAAAUGAAUGAAAAUGAACCGUCUAGUGUUUCAACAAUUAUGUUCUAACCAUUCUCCUCACAAACAUGAUUUUCUACUUUCUAGGUGUUCAAUGCUGUCUAUUGGCUUGAAAAAUUCGUGAAUCGGAACGCACCCAAUGCCAGUGACUAAACGUCAAUCACUUGACAAAAAAUGAGGUCUACGUCAUUCGCCUAAUUCAAAACAUUACUCAUCCUUUAUUUUGGAAUUCCAAAUUUCUAAUUGUUGUUUUUCAAACGUAUUAACAAUGAACCGACUUUUCGGCAAAUCUAAGCCAAAGGAACCAGGUCCAAGUAUUUCUGAUUGCAUCUCGGGCGUGGAUCAGCGAGCUGAAGCAGUCGAAAAGAAAAUAAACGCCUUAGAAAAUGACCUGCGUAAGUUCCGAGACCAAAUGGCAAAGAUGCGCGAGGGUCCUGCAAAGAAUGCAGUUAAACAAAAAGCUUUGCGAAUUCUCAAACAGAAAAAGAUGUAUGAGAAUCAGUUAGAAAACUUGAGAGGGCAAUCUUUUAAUAUGGAACAGGCAAACAUGGCUCAUCAGACAUUGAAAGAUACACACACUACUGUGGUGGCAAUGCGAGAUGGUAUGAACCAAAUGAAGAAAGAAUUCAAGAAAAUUAAUGUUGAUGACAUUGAGGAUGUACAAGAUGAAUUGGCAGAUAUGAUGGAACAGGCUGAUGAAGUACAAGAAGCUCUAGGCAGAACAUAUAAUACACCUGAGAUUGAUGAAGAUGAGCUAGAGGCAGAAUUAGAUGCUUUAGGGGAUGAGAUAGGUUUAGAUGAUGACCAAAGUUAUUUGGAUGAUGUUCUUAAAGCUCCUGAAGCACCUAGUACCAAACCUGAAGCUGAACAAGCCAAAAAUAAGGAUGGAGUUCCAGUUGAUGAAUUUGGCUUACCUCAACUUAAUAAGCACUAAGAUGUAAUAUAUAUUUUUGAUUAUACCUAUAUUGUUUUUUAUAUGCUAUGCCAAUCUUAUGUAUUUAAGUUAUUAAAUGAGGAAAAAUAUUAAGCUUAUGUUUUGUAAAUUUUUUGUGCAAAAUAAUUUUUUUUUAUGUAGUUAUAAUUAUAAAGAAUUUUGCUUAUACUUUUAUGUACCAAGUUUCUUGACCCUUUUCUAAUAAAGCACAGCAUUGCUUGCACAUUUUUAAUGAAUUAAUAUGAUCUAACUGUCAAGUGUGUAUGUG